CACAACGGAAAUGACGUCGCUCAAGCUCCAGCAGGCUGGUGUUUACACGAUCAGCCGAAUGUUUACCAAAUUAAAUUCAUCAUAAAAUAACAUCUUUGAGUGUUACCAGUUCACAGACGGAGCUGUAAGAAAGACAUCUGCACAAACGUGUGUGAAUAAAUGAAGACAGUUUGAACAUUUCACAUUAAUCACACAAUCAGUGCUGAUAAUGUUCACAGAUAUGGACUAUGAGCUGGACGAGGAUAAACUUGGUAUUCCUACAGUUCCUGGAACAGUGACUCUGAAGAAAGACACACAGAACCUGAUUGGGAUCAGUAUUGGGGGCGGAGCUCAGUUCUGUCCAUGUCUCUACAUCGUACAGGUGUUUGACAACACUCCAGCAGCUCUUGAUGGCACACUGGCAGCUGGUGAUGAGAUCACUGGAGUGAACAAUAAACCAGUAAAAGGAAAAACUAAAGUUGAGGUGGCCAAGAUGAUCCAGGCCGUGCAGAGUGAAGUUGUGAUCCAGUACAAUAAACUACAGGCUGACCCAAAGCAGGGCAAAUCUCUGGAUAUCGUUCUGAAGAAGGUGAAGCAUCGUCUGGUGGAGAACAUGAGUUCAGGAACAGCAGACGCUCUGGGACUCAGUAGAGCCAUUCUGUGCAACGAUGCUCUGGUGAAGAGACUGGAGGAACUGGAGAAAACUGCUGAACUUUAUAAAGGACUGAUGGAACACACUAAACGGCUGCUCAGAGCUUUCUAUGAACUCUCUCAAACUCACAGAGCGUUUGGCGACGUGUUCUCCAUCAUCGGUGUUCGUGAGCCGCAGGCUGCCGCCAGUGAAGCUUUCGUGAAGUUCGCUGAAGCUCAUCGAAACAUGGAGAAAUUCGGCAUUCAGCUGCUGAAGACCAUCAAACCUAUGCUGCAUGAUUUAAACACAUAUCUGCACAAAGCAAUUCCAGACACCAAACUCACCAUCCGCAAAUACCUGGACGUCAAGUUUGAGUAUUUGUCGUACUGUCUGAAAGUGAAGGAGAUGGAUGAUGAAGAGUACAGCUGUAUCGCUUUGGGCGACCCGUUGUACCGUGUUAGCACCGGUAACUAUGAGUACCGCUUGAUUCUGCGCUGUCGACAGGAAGCGCGUGCGCGCUUCGCUAAAAUGCGCAAAGAUGUACUGGAGAAGAUCGAACUCCUGGACCAGAAACACGUUCAGGACAUUGUAUUCCAGCUACAGCGCUUCGUUUCUGGGAUGUCCCGUUACUAUGACGACUGUUACGCUGUCCUGAAGGAGGCAGAUGUGUUCCCGAUCGAGGUGGAUCUGUCUAGAACCAUGCUGAACUACAGCGGACAGAACCUGUCGUAUGAGGACGAGGAAGAGGAGAGCAGAGAGGAAGAGUCCAGCCAGACUGAGAACGGAGCAGAGAAACUCAUCGACGAUGAAUGAGUGAAUGAACGAAUGACUAAAUGAGUGAGUUAAUGAAUGAAUCAGUUAUUGAUGAGUGAAUUAAUGACUGCUUGAGUGAGUGAAUGAAUGAGGGAAAUGUGUUUAAAUGAAGAUUUCACAUUAAAUAUUGUUUUCAUUUAAGGCUGAUAUCUAAAUUAAUUCCAUUCUACCAAAGGAAAGCACCUCUAAAUAAUUCUAUUUAACGCUAUAAGUUUAUUUAUUUCUUCGACAAAGAACUACUGUCCUGUCCAAAACACUGACAGCCAAUCACGAUCUCAGACACCGGCCAAUCAGCGAGUGUCUUUUGGUUGUCAUGGUUACACACUGUUGCUUUAAUAUGGUUUUUACUGUUACUAUGGUGGCACAUCUGUGCAAGAAACAUUAAAUCUUGGUGUUAUUUUGUUUGCAUUUAAAACAUUUCAAUUGAAGGGACCUAAAAACGAAAGCGUUAGUGAAGUGCGCUGGCCAAUCACGUUAGACGCCUCGUCUGUUUUGCACAACUUGUGCUUUAAUUACUGCAUUGCUGCUUUUUUGCCGCUGAAUCACUGGAUGAAUGUGUCUUAAAACUCUGAUCUGAACAUUUCUCUGUUUUGUUUGUCUCGUUUGCUUUGAGUGUUUGGGGAAAUAUAAUCUUUGGUGGUAUUUUGUGAAUUUGAAUUAUGUUAAAGUUGUGGGUCAUUUUGAGAGAUCUGUGAAAAGGGAAGACAUACAUUUAUUAUUUAAAUAAAAAAGCUUGGCAGAGAGGAAAUGCUUGUAAAAUG